AUGUGGAAAAUGCAGCCCCAUCCCCUCUCAGCCAUGUCUAGGUUUAUCAUAUGCGUAACCAUGAUCUUUAUCUGUGGUUCAAAACUUGUGUUUGCUCAAGAAGAUGAGCGAUAUGUAAGCUGCAGCAACUCAUUUGAUUGCGGAAUUAUUAAGAAUAUUGGUUAUCCUUUCUGGGGAUCCAAUAGGCCUGAUUACUGUGGCUAUCCGGGGCUCGAGCUUGAUUGCAGUAACCAAGAUCCGGAGAUCACAUUCAUGCAACUGACUUACAAAGUCCUUGGCAUCAAUAACUCGGCACGGACUCUCAUUGUUGCUCGAACAGAUUAUGCAGAAAAUAUCUGUCCGACGCAACUUUUCAACACAACCUUGAAUCCCAACCUUUUGAAUUACACGCAGGAUGAUCAUAACAUGACAAUCUACUAUGAUUGCCCUGCUCAAGAUCCACCAAUUCCCGGGAUCUUAACUCCGUUUACAUGCAACAUAGACAGCACUAAUACAACGGGCUACUUUGCAGCAACAACCAACUUCUCUUUUCUCGGUAGCUCUGCUCCUACGUUAAUCAGUUACCUGGUAUCGUGCAAAAAUAGCGUUAUAGUUCCAUUACGUCAAUCAGCUCUGCAGUCAAUUAUAUCAAAUGCAACUGUACCAAAGUUGGUUGGAGCUCUUAAUCAAGGUUUUGGGUUGGAGUGGAAUGCAAAAGAUAACUUAUGCGUUACAUGCAAAGAUUCAGGUGGUCAGUGUGGGUACAACCAGAAUACUGCAGCAUUCGCUUGUUAUUGCGCAGAUCAACCUCAAGAAUUUUCAUGCCAAGGUUCACCACCAACUAAUGAUCAACCCACACCCAUUCAUCACAAGGAGCCUUUGAAUAUGGGGAAAGAAAGAAGUCCAAGUAAGCAUGAGUGCAAGUUGACCUUGCAUCAAGAGAUGGAGAAAGAAAGAAAAGCUCAAGAAGGGGUGUAA